AAAUCAAAAAAAUCGAACCGAACCAUAAAGUUGACGGUUUGGUUUGUUUAUAAAUUGAUGGUAUACGGUUCAAUGUCGGUUCAGUAGUUUUAAAAAUCAAGCAGUUCAGUUCGAUUUGGUUGACAGUUUUGGCAAUAAUUGAAUCGAACCGAACCGAACUAAACCGUGUACACCCCUACUUGUGGCCUAAGUAAUCUCUCUUUACUUUUUGCGACAACACGAGCUACGCUUUCAUCGGCGACAGGCGAAGAAAAAUAAGCCCUAGUCCAACCCCCUUAGCGUUCCCCGUGCUCCCCCAUGCUGUCUUUCUCCGCGCGCGCGCGCGCGCGCUUCUUUUUUGAACUCUCUUCUCUGCAACGUCGUUCCCAAUCCAAACAUCUAGAAAUCACACUCCCAAGCCCCACAUAGAGCAGUGCGCAAGGGAGAGAGAUCUAUCAAUGGCGGGGAUACUCAAGCCAGCAGGUUUUUUCACGGUCACGCCGCACAAAGUCUCGGUCUGCAUACUCCUCCAGAUAUACGCGCCUCCAGUCACCCCCGUCCAGCUACCUGUUCCCUUUCCCUUCUCCUCCGUCUCUCAUCACAAUCGCCUCGGCCUGUUCUUGUUUGCAAUCACAAAGGCCUGUGAUGAUAUUCUGGAGCCGAAGUUGGAUGAACUUAUAGCUCAAUUGAGGGAAAUUGGCGGUUUACAGAAUCAUUGGUUAACUGAUCAUUUGACCAGUAGGCUGUCUUCUCUGUUAUCGCCUGAUGAUUUGUUUAACUUCUUUCAUGAUUUGCGAGGAAUCCUCGAUGGACCUGAUUCCAGUGUGGUGGAGGACGACCACAUUAUCUUGGACGGUAAUAGCAGCCUUGGGAUGUUUGUACGUCGUUGCAUACUUGCCUUCAAUCUUCUGUCAUUUGAGAGUUUGUGUCAUCUUUUGACAAAUAUAGGAACAUAUUGUAAAGAAGCCCUUUCUAGUUGUCCCCGUGAGUUGCCUCGUUUAGAUGAUUCUAGUAAUGAUUUAGACGCAUUACUGGAAUAUGAAAACAUGGAUCUGGAGAAUAUGGUUUUUGAGAAAGUAUCUGAAGAAAUUGAGGCAAGAAAAAGAGCCAGCGAAAGAGUUUCAUUUCAUUUUCAUGUGCCUAGAGCCCUUUCUGGAUUGGUUGAAGAUGAUGAGGCUUCUGCUGAUAUGGAAUUUACAUACAAUGAUAAAAGUAGACCAUCUAGUCCAUUUGCACUUCCACCAACCAAUGCAUUUGUAGGUGCUGAUCCCAAUGGUGUGACAUUCCUGCGUACAAACUGGCAGAUACAAGGAUUCUUAAUGGAGCAGGCUGAUGCGAUUGAGAAGCAUGGUUGCUCCUUUCCUUUAAAUGCUUUUGAAUCUAUUCUGAAGCAGCUUCAAAAAUUAGCACCAGAGCUACAUCGUGUUCAUUUUUUGCGAUACUUGAAUAACCUUUAUCAUGACGAUUAUCCUGCUGCUGUCGAGAAUCUUCAUUGCUAUUUUGAUUACAGUGCAGGGACAGAAGGAUUUGAUUUUGUUUUGCCCCCAUCUGGUUCUAAUAGUCUCGGAAGAUAUGAAAUUGCUUUGUUAUGUUUGGGGAUGAUGCAUUUUCACUUUGGGCACCCUAGCCAAGCUCUUGAGGUUUUAACUGAAGCAGUCCUAGUUUCUCAACAGGAAAGUAAUGAUACUUGUUUAGCAUAUACUUUAGCAGCGAUCUGCAAGCUGCUGUCUGAAAUUGGUAUUUCAAGCACAAUUGGAAUACUUGGAUCAUCAUACUCUCCAGUUACCAGUGUAGACACUUUGCUUUCUAUUCAGCAACAAUUGUAUGUGCUCUUAAGAAGGUCCCUGAAAAGAGCAGAAAGUUUAAAGUUAAAACGGCUUGUCGCUUCCAAUCAUCUUUCCAUGGCUAAAUUUGGGUUAACACAUGUGCAAAGACCUCUGCUAUCAUUUGGUCCCAAAGCUUCCAUGAAACUUGGAACAUGCCCUGUUAAUGUUUGCAAGGAACUAAGAUUAACUACUCAUUUGAUUAGUGAAUUUGGUGUUGAGAAUUCAAUGACGAUGACUGAUGGGGCUUUUAGUACCAUGUGGCUUAAAAAUAUGCAAAAGGCUACGAGUUCAGCGAUUUUGUCUCAAGAGAAUGGAUCAGAAGACAAUUCUGACACUUUCCCAUUCUUUGUGCGAUCCACUUCAAUUCCUAAUUCUGUAAUGCAAACAAUGGGUUCUUCAUACUUGCUCCGUGCAACUGUGUGGGAGAUGUACGGAAGCACCCCUCUUGCUCGGAUAAAUGCUUUGGUUUACACAACGUGCUUUGCUGAUGCUUCAAGCUCAGCUGAUGCUGCAUUAGCAUAUGCAAAGCUAAUCCAACAUUUAGCAGUGUUUAAGGGAUACAAAGAGGCCUUGGUUGCCCUUAAAAUUGCAGAAGAGAAGUUUAUAGCGAUUUCUAAAUCACGAAUUCAACUAUUAAAGCUACAGUUACUGCAUGAACAGGCUCUAUGUCGAGGAAAUCUGAAGCUAGCCCAUCAAUUAUGUGAUGAGCUUGGAGUGUUGGCGUCUCCUGUAACUGGUGUCGACAUGGAGUUGAAGACAGAAGCAAACCUUCGUCGUGCUCGUACAUUACUUGCUGCAAAGCAGUUCGCCCAGGCAGCAGCAGCUGCACACUCCCUCUUUUGCAUGUGUUACAAGUUCAACAUGCAGGUUGAAAAUGCAACUGUUCUUCUCGUACUUGCUGAGAUCCACAAGAAAUCAGGCAAUGCUGUUUUAGGUCUUCCAUAUGCAUUGGCAAGCCUUUCAUUUUGUCAGUCAUUUAAUUUGGAUCUUCUCAAAGCAUCUGCAACUCUCACAUUGGCUGAAUUAUGGCUCUCACUUGGAUCAAACCAUGCCAAAAGGGCUUUGACCCUCGUACAUGGAGCUCUUCCAACAAUUCUAGGUCAUGGAGGUUUGGAGCUUUGUGCUCGGGCCUAUAUUGCUGAAGCAAAAUGCUAUCUAUCAGAUCCAGGUUUUUCAGUUUCUGAAAAUCCCACGAUUGUGCUGGAUCCUUUAAGGGAAGCUUCCAAAAAACUUGAAAUUCUGGAGUAUCAUGAAUUGGCGGCUGAAGCUUUCUAUUUGAUGGCUAUUGUGUUUGACAAAUUGGAGAGGCUGGAGGAAAGGGAGUACGCAGCUGCUUCAUUCAAAAAACAAGCAUCAGCUCUUGAGCUUCCUCAGGACGAUGAUCCUGUCUUCAAUAUGUUGUAAAUUAAGAUGUUCAACAUUCUUCUGUUACAUGCAUGAAUGAAAAAUAAUGUCACUGCUGAUCACGUGUGCAUACCCAAAGUUUUGGUUAAAUUGAAAAAGGUUGACAUCAUUGACUA